UCAUUGCACCUGCGCCUCGUUUGCCCUCACGAAAAAUGUAGUCUCCCCUUGGACGAGGUUUUGUAUUCACUAAGGGGAUGCAUCUACCAAAGCGCAUUGCACAUCUUCAAAUACUGUACCAACGGUGGAUGUUUAUCAUUAAGCGGAGGUCCGCGUCUUCCCUCCCCUCCGGCACAUCUCGUCCCGACCCCACCCUCCCCCCAGCCCACACCCUUACUGCGCCCUUGGCCCCGGGUCCCUCGGGACUUCAGGCGUGGGAGCCCCGGCCCCGCGCGGCUCCCUCCGGGCGCCCCGCGCCCUCCUUCCUUCCUCGCCCGGACGGACGCACUUCCGGCGGAUGUGGGGGGGGGCAACCCCGGAAACGGAAGUGAGCAGUGGGGCCGGCUGACGGUAACGGGGCUGAGAAGCUGUUCACUGAGCAAGUUGAAGAUGAAUGCCAGAGGACUUGGAUCUCAGCUGAAGGACAGCAUUCCAGUUACUGAACUUUCAGCAAGUGGACCUUUUGAAAGUCAUGAUCUUCUUCGAAAAGGCCUUCCUUGUGUGAAAAAUGAACUUUUGCCUAGUCAUCCUCUUGAAUUAUCAGAAAAAAAUUUCCAGCUCAACCAAGAUAAAAUGAAUUUUUCCACACUGAGAAACAUCCAGGGUCUGUUUGCUCCACUCAAAUUACAAAUGGAAUUCAAGGCAGUGCAGCAGGCUCAGCGUCUUCCAUUUCUUCCAAGCUCAAACCUUUCACUGGAUAUUUUGAGGGGUAAUGAUGAGACUAUUGGAUUUGAAGAUAUUCUUAAUGACCCGUCACAAAGUGAACUAAUGGGAGAGCCACACUUGAUGGUGGAAUAUAAACUGGGUUUACUGUAAUCUCUUGUGCUGUUCACGAAAAUAGAGGGGCUGCGUCUUGUUUAUAGUCCUCUUUUUACUAUAAUUUGAUGUACACAACAUUAAAAGUACUGACAUCUGAGAA